AUGGCUUCAACUCUAUCUCCGUCGUCAUCAUCUCCCUACAACGAUCAUAUCCCAACCGCCACCAUAGCGCUGCCGUCCAUCGCCUCCAAUUCCGCCUCACGCCGCCUGCCUCCACCGUGCUGGUCACAUGACGAGACAGUGGCUCUGAUCGACGCUUACCGGGACAAAUGGUACUCUCUUCGCCGCGGAAACCUUCGUGCCUCCCACUGGCAGGAGGUUGCCGAUGAGAUCGCGGACCGGUGCUCCUCUAGCAUCCCAAAGACCGCCGUCCAAUGCCGCCACAAGAUGGAGAAGCUCCGCAAGCGUUACCGUUCAGAGAUCCAGCGCACCGCUCCGUAUGGUGGCCCUCGUCGGAUCUCCUCAUCCUGGGUACACUUCCAGAGCAUGCACUCCAUGGAGAAGGGCCCCAACCCCUCCCCGCCUUACUCUGAUGACGAGCCGCAAGGAGAAGAGGAUCACAAGAGCAGCAUCACACGCAUUAACGAUGCACACAACAAUAAUUACAGUCAUCAGAAAGGUAAUUUUAGUAAUCAAGGUCUUAUGGGUAAUGGGACGACUAGUGGGUUUCGGAUCAAAAUUCCUGGCAAGGCGAGUGCAGGUUAUAGUGCACCGAAGGUUUAUGGUAAAUUGAAUGAGAUGGGUGGUCAAAACCCUAAUAACCCUCACACUAAAAUCAAUUCUAGCACUAAUGGUUUCGGGGUUUCUGGUAAAUUUUCGAGAGAUGGGUUUAUGGGUAGGGAUGAGAUUGGAAAAGGGAUAGGAGAUAUUGCCAAGAAAAAGAAAUGGGAUAAUGGGAUGGACGAGGUAGUGGCUGCAAUAGAGACAUUGGGAGAGGGGUUUGUGAGAAUGGAAAAAGUGAAGAUGGAUAUGGCACGUGAGGUGGAGCAGAUGCGAAUGCAGAUGGAGUUGAAGAGGACUGAGAUGAUACUGGAGUCGCAGCAGAGGAUCGUCGAGGCCUUUGCUAAUGCAGUUUCAGAUAGGAAACCUAAGAAGGCAAAGAAAAUGUCAAUGCCUGACUGCUAA